ACAGUACAUGAGGUAGACAAGUCUCUGCAGAGGGAAGUACAUCGUAGAUAUGAAAAUAUUGACCAGCCUUGUUUGAAUUUUUGGAAACAUGUCCAAGAAAAGGGGCAGGAAGCGCAGUAGUGGUGAGUUGAGUGAUACACUCACCCCUGAUCCCAAUAACUUGCUGGGGAAGCGCAUCCAGCACAGCUGGAGGGAAAAAGGGGCUCUGACUAAGUGGAAGGGCACGGUUUUGGACAGGUUGAGUGUAAACUCGUCCCUCUUUAUGGUGAAGUACGACGGGUUUGACUGCGUCUAUGGAAUUGAGCUGUUCAAGGAUGAGAGAGUGUCCAACCUGCAGGUGCUCAACGAAAAAGUCGUGAACAAUAAGAUCAAAGUUCCCCAUGAUGCAGAAGAGCUGGUGGGAAAAGCAGUAGAACAUCUGUUUGAAAAGGAAGAUGGAGAAAAAAACGAGUGGAGAGGGAUGGUCCUCUCCAGAGCUCCCAUUAUGACUAACUGGUAUUACAUCACCUACGAAAAAGACCCAGUUCUCUACAUGUACCAGCUGUGGGAUGACUAUAAGGACGGCGACCUCCGCAUUUUACCUGAAGCAGAGAACAAGCACCUGCUGCCUGCGGACCGGAAGCCGGGCGAGGAGACAGAGAGCCUCGUGGGUAAGCAGGUGGAAUACGUUACUGAUAAAGGUGUGAAGAGGACAGGCCUGGUCAUCUACCAGGUCCCCGCUAAGCCCUCCGUCUACUACAUCAAAUACGACGACGAUUUCCACAUUCACGUGUACGAUCUGGUGAAGACCACCUAAGACGACGAACCUCACCGUCGACACAGACUCACCGUUUCCCAUGUUCAUCGUUCACCUGUCAUCGCCUCUCGUCGUGUCCUCUCCCGCGCUUCAUUAUGGAGGGACGGUGCGUGGAGGUCCGGGGGGAAAAA